AGGGCCGUGACGUCACAAUGGCGGCGCCAGCGAACCGGGAAGCGCGUUUCUCUUGUGCUGCUGCGGGCUAGGCCGGCGCAGGCAGCAGGGGGCGCCUCGAGCUAAGUUCCCGCUGGGGGUCGGACCAAGCCCUGAACACCUUACUCCAGACUGCAAGGAGGUACCACCCUCCACAACUGGAAACUUUCUCUUAGAGUCCUUUUAGCCAAAUACUCUGAGCAGAACUGCACUGAAGUUUUUAGGAGCCCCAAGAGAACCAUUCUCCUAUGUCACAUCUACACAGUUCAUCAGACCAAGCUUAGAAAUGGAUACCGACAAAGAAGUUCAGCCCAAAGGAGUCUUUGAGUGCCAGUUAUGUGGAUUAACAGCUCCAUACAGUUAUUAUGGGCAGAAACCUCCCAACACACGCUCUAUUGUCCUCCUGGAAGAAAGCUAUGUCAUGAAAGAUCCUUUCACCCCCGACAAGGACAAAUUCCUUAUCCUCGGAUCACAGUGCAGUUUGUGUACCAGGCGGGUGUGUGUUGGCACAGAAUGUAGUCUAUUCUACACAAAAAGGUUCUGCCUCCCCUGCGUUAAGAAAAACCUGGAAGAGUUUCCUUUGGAAAUACAAGACGACUUGGAUAAAAAGAAGUCCCACUAAAAAAUCUUACUUCUCUAUGACAGCAGAGGUGUGUCAAACAUAAGGUCUGCAGGCCACAUCUUGCAUGUGGACCUGUCUUAUCUGGGAUGCAGGACUUCUGGCGAGGCUGGGAAUUUUGAGGACAGUGCAACAGGGCAUGACUCACAGUCAAAUUCCAGGAAGAUGGAGCCUAGUUGAGGACUCAUGUUAGUGGUGGCCAUGGGUCAAUAACAGCAGUGUUAACCCCUGUGGCGCUCUGAGCUGAGACAGCAGCUCAGGUACCUGCAGUGGUUAAUGCCACUGCUGCUUGCUCUACUGAGAUGGGUCAAAACCCAGCCUGUGAGGAGCCCUGUGCUCCAGAUCCAGCCCACGGAGCCAAAUGAAUUUUACACCUUUGCAAUAGAGGAAUGACUUUCAUCAACUUACCACAAGUCAGUCAUGAAAGGAAACAUCAUGAAAAUACGUUCAAAUUCAGACAUUCCUGGGUUUGCAAUGAAGGCACCAUGACACUGAGCUGGUGCAGGAAAAUUAGAAAUGGAAACAGGCUGCCCUGUAAUCAUAAUCCAAAUGACAUGAAGUACAAAAAGUAAACGUCAUAAAAUAUUAAAAAGUACAAUUUAAAAUUCUGACUUUUUAAAUGUUAAUCAGUCAUGUUGGAUACUAAUACAGAAGUGUUUUUAAUGGGCAGGCAGAUUCUCAACUGGUGUAAGCCAACAUACUUCUAUGGAACUUAGUUUACACUGCCCAAGAAUAAAUACUAUUAUCUAAUUAGGUAGGUUGUUUCCUACCAAAACUCAUACCUCUCUGAACCAGUCUGCCUCUAAGGUUCCACCCUGCUUUACCAUCUGUCUACCUGCCAAUCUAAUCUAAGUUCAUCAGCCUGACAGUCUCACUUUAAUAAAUUUUAGGUAGACAGAUGAAUCUGAUACAUCGCACUUUCAAAAGUGAGAACAUUCACAGAACACAGAGUUGACACUUUUUAAAACACUUUGGCCUGCAGAUGUUUCAAGAUUAGUGUCAUACAUGGACUUCUGCAAGCCAAGCUUUUGUAAUGGAACUUAGUGGCUGAUACUUUACAUGACUGCAGUCACUUUCCACUCAAGCUUCCAGUCACGAGGGUGGUCGUGGAAGGGGCAGUGAACUUUCUUACGUGAUGUUUUUCUUUACAAGUGAGAAAGAGCUGGUGCCUUUCAUUUCACUGUCAAGUAAGAUCAAAAUGCAAAUAAAGCUCAGCAGGAUAGCCAGCAAGAAGUUCCAUCAGGUCUGAACUGGGCAACUAAAUGACAACCGAAGUAGGAAUUCAAAUAGAAUUAAUUUACCAUAUUUACUCAAUUCCAAGACAAGGAGGGAAGGGGAGGGCCCGAGGCUGUGUGGAAGAUGGACGCAGCCACAAAGGGUUUAGGUGGUGGUGGAGGGAGAGACAGGAGGGGGCAAAUUACCUGCUCCCAACUUGUCCCUUUGCAGUCUCCCCCAUCCCCACCCUGUGCUCCCCACCUCCACUGCUUUCCCCACUGCAGUGGUGUUUGGGGCAAAUUUAAGA